UCUCCUGUCCUAAGAUCACCUUUCCACUUAGUCCCCCCUCUCCUGCGUGCUCUGACCUUUACCCGGCUCCUCCCGACGUCCCCAUGGAGCCAGACGCGAAGAGGGAACGCACCAGCGUCGCUCCUGGCCCCGCCCUCUCCUACCCAGCCCACGCUGCCAUCGACCCGCCCCGGCCUUUCGUCGUGUACAACUUGAUGCGGUUCGCCCGUGGUACCGGAUCGCUUCUUUCUUCGAGGCGCUGGAUAGCGAAACCGAGAGGUCAAGCCGGACGUUUAUGCCCGGCAGCGCCGACAGCAACGACGUGGAGAAGGGCGAUUGUGUCGCACCUCUAUACCGGGAGACAGCGGGGUUUGAACAAGGUGGCAAUGCUCCCCCUUCCCCGUGGCCGUCGCCUUCACCCUAGGAAGGUGGUUUCUAACGACGCUUCUUCACCAUCGUUGUCCGUGCUGGCGUCCACACCGCCCCCAAGCGAACUGGGAAGUCUCUCCCUUCUCAAUCUCCUAUUCGUCCUCCUCACGCUCGCCCUACGUACUAAGGCGGCCUCAACACCCUCUACCCUCGCACCGUGACUCGUCGAAAGUCUGGCAUUACUAGACUACCGCCCAGCCCGUGUAAGGACGGUCCAUCUUCUCUCCCCGCGUCCCCAACCCGCUCCCUCGUCCUGCAGCAGUACGUGUACGCGUCGCGCUCCUGUAGCAAACGCUCACCAUCACCAUGUCCCCUUUACCGCCGCAGACCUACUCGUCUCU